ACACAUGCAUACAUCAGAGGAAACAUACCAAGAAGACAUUAGAUUAGAUUAGACCAGGACUCAACUUAGAAGACACCAGGUCCUGGUCUUGGUGAUUCAUAUUUAAGAGGGCCGUGGUGUGGUGUAAUAUCAAGAAAGGAGGAACUUUUCAAAGUCUUGAUUAUUCUGAGUAUUGUGCCAUGCACCUGACUGUGACAUUAACCUUCCUAGUAUGGUCGAUGAGCAUAUUAUCCCAAGCCUCUCUGAGUGAUCCCUACAGCAGCUGCAAGGCAGGCAAAACAUGCCAGGCCAAGUUUGCAAAUGGACUUUGUGACCAGGAGUGCUCAAGUUCUGCCUGUCUGAGAGAUGGAUUUGACUGUCUGAAAGACAGAGGCACCUGCACUGCAGGAUAUAUUCAGUACUGCCGGGAUCAUUAUGACAACAGUCACUGCGAGCAGGGCUGCAACACUGCCCCCUGUGGAUGGGAUGGCUCGGAUUGCUACUGGAACCAGUAUCCCAUCUGGGCCAAAGGAACACUCAUAUUACACACUAGAAUUCAAUUCCAGAGAGGUCCUGUCCAGAACAGCUCUCUCUUAUGGGCUUUAAGCACUGUCCUUCAGACGAGCAUUAAACUCAGAGGCCUGACACCUUUCCAGACCAGUAAAGACCUUCAUACACUAGACACUCGACAGCUCACUGACCUGUACACUCAAACACCACCCUACGACAGUGAUGGAUCGGUGUUAUUCCUGCAGUUGGAUAACAGACCGUGCUCCCGUCUUCCCUCCACCUGUUUCCAGAAUGCCACUGAAGCUGCACACUUCCUGCAUGCCAUGCUGGCACAGAAUCAUGCCACAUUUCCCAUGAUCACAGAAGUCCAGGCAGCUGUAAUCAGUGUGCGGGGAGUUGAUGAGGAAAUAGGAGUCAGAGAGGAGGUGAAACUUCCAAACGAGAAACACAACGCCUACCCUACCUGGAUGUGGCCUGUGGUUGGUGUUGCGACUGGACUCGCAGUGGCGGUGGCUGUGAUUAUUCUAGUGCUGUUCCUGUGGUUAAAAAAAAGACGACAGCGGCGAGAGGGUGGAGAGCGAGUUCGUCACAGGUCAAUGGUAACAGACAGCAAUAAUGGCAGCAAGGCCUGGACGCGGCGUGCUGACCACCAUGAGAAAAGAGGAAGAGAGAAAGACAAAAAUGGGAUAAAGAAAAAGAAGAAAGUAAAAGAGUCAGGAAAAAGACGUAAAGAACCCGUUGGCGAGGAUGCAGUUUGUAUGCGGCCCCUCAGGAAGGAACUGGACAUCGGAAGUGACACAGAUGUGACCCAGAGUUCCAUGGAGGACAUCAACAGGACGAUCCGUGACCACAGAUCACCAGACCAAAAAUACUUCCAGACCAACCACCAACAACCUCGCAUGCUAGCUCCCCCUAGAGGAUGGGAGAGAAAUGCUGUUCCUAUACCUCAAAGACCACCAAGAAAUACUGCUCCAGUGCAGUGGUGUGGUCCAGAUGGCUCAGUUGUGCUUAUCCGAGCUGUCAGGAGUGGCCUUGACCGAGUGGUUCUGGAGCUCUUGAGAGCUGGAGUGCCAGUUAAUAACACCGACCAUACUGGGAGAUCUGCCCUCCACUGGGCAUGCUCGGUAAAUCACCUGCCAUUGACACAGACUCUCAUUCGCUACAGUGCUGCAGUGGACUUGCAGGACCAUAAGGGUGAAACAGCUUUGUUUCUCUCUGCACUCCACGGUUGCUAUGAUACCGCAAGAUACCUCCUCCUUAAUGGGGCCAAUCAAGAGCUGCCUGACUGCAAAGGGCGGCGGCCACUGGAUGUGGCUCGGGAGGGAUUACAUCACCAAGUCCUUGAACUCUUAUUGGUUCACAGAGUUCAGAGGGGGCCGGUUCCUCUAGAUCCAGCCACUGAGGUGCUUUGGGAUGAUCGUGCUUACGUGUAUUCACCUUGGGUUGCCUCGCCUCCAUCUCUACCUGGAAGAAGUGCCUCUUUUUCAGGGGUCAGAGGUCAAAGAGGGAUGGCAACACCUCCACCUAGUGAUUGGCAGAUGGGCAGUGCACAAUGCUCCUUCCCCCAGAACUGGCGUCCAGCACCCAACCAAUCAGCGACAGCAUUGGUUAGCCCCAGGAUUCUUGGCCACCCCUCUCAGCCUAUCAGUACUCUUCAGGAAGUGACAUCAGAGGCAGAGGAUGAGGAAAGGGAGAUGACCCAGAACAUUACUCGAGCAGCAACACCUCACUUCCUGUCUCCUCAACCAGCACCUCGACAGCGCUCGUUCUCUUGUACUCAACAUGCACUGAACCGCCGCUCCUGUGGCAACCAACCGGAGCUGUCAUUUGCCACGGCAGCAGCCAAUGAGCAUGUUGAAAUAGUGAUUGUGCCCCACCCUAAAGAAAUGCCCAACCAAUCAGAGAGGAAAACCACAGUGACUGGGCCGAACGCAGCUCAGACUGACUCUGAGAGAGAGAAUACAAGGAACUGCAAUUCCAAAAUCCAGAAUGAGAGAAUAAAUAAUGAGCCCAGGAUCUCUAUCCAAACCAGCAUGUGAGAGAAGACAAAGAGAGAUUAAAGGAAUAGUUCAUCUAAAAAUGAAAGAUCUGUCGUCAUGUACUCACUCCACAUAACCCAAGUGCUUGGAGAAAUUUGAAGAAACUUUUCGCAGUUACUUUCCAUACAACAGUAGUUAAUAGUGACCACGGCAGAGUUUCCCAAAAGCAUCCAAGCGUAAGUAGAUCGUAGAAACCAUUGCCGUCAAUGGUCUCUACGAUCAACUUUUGGGAAAUGCAGCCAUCUGUUUAGCUCAAAAAACAUAAUAAAAGCAAAAUAAAAAAUUACUCCAUACAACCUGUGCCCUAUAUUUCAAGUCUUCUGAAGCCAUACGGUAGCUUUAUGUGAGGGAGAGACAAUGCAAAUAACGCAUUUAAUUUUUGGGUGAACAAUGCCUUUAAGUUAUAUUCAACCUCAUAUAAACAUGUUUCAAUUGCUGAAACAAAUGCAUAACUGUCGUUUACAAUUUUUAUAAAUGUGUACAUUUAUGUUUUUUAACAAUUGAAAUAAUCUCCUUAUUGCAUAAAGCAAAUUAAACCUAUUGAUGAGACAUUUUCCCCUUAAAGCUCCCUAUAAAAUGUCCAGCCGUUUUUUCUUUCUACUUUACUGUUAUACAAUUAUUUUUCUGUAACACGUUAUAAGAUUGUAUUUUCCAACUUUAGAUAAUGCAUUAGUUAUCAUGAACUGAACAAUAUAUUUUUACAGUAUGUAUUAGUCUUAAUUUAAGCAUUUAUAAGUGUAAAUUUAUCAAAAUACUAUUGUACAUUGUUAGUUCAUAAUGCACUGUUAACAUACACAACUUUCAAAUUUAAAAAUGUAUAUAUGUUGAAAUUAACAUUAACCGAAACUAAUAAAUGCACUUACUGUUCAUUGUUAGUUCAUGUUAACUAAUGUAGUUAACUAUUGUUAAUAAAUACAACCACAUUGUAAAGCUUUACUGAUUUUUGUUUUGUUUUUUGUAUCAGCAUAAAGGCAGGACAACAAAUACUACCAUGAUGUAUAAAUACUAUACAACUCGAAUCAUGUUUGUUGCUGUAAUAACAAUGCUUUUGCAUGCAAACAGCGUAUUUCAAGAAUGGCAUCAAAUAAUCAAAAACAUUUGCCUCAUGUUGCAUUCAAAACCACUGUUGCAUCGGCCAGCAAUACUCAUUUAAGCAGAAAUGAUGAAUGUGUACACAGACAGUCUUUAUUGUAAAAGAGGUAGAGAAUACAGGUGUUUCACUGUACAGAGAAAAAGACAGCACUGUUGAUAUACUCAUUCAAACAGUAAAUAAAGACAGUAAACACACCUCAUUCAUAUAACUGGUAUAUACACAAACCCAGUAAAAAAAAAAAAAAGAAGCACGCGCACGCACACACACACGCACGCGCACACACGCACACACACACACACACACAAAAAACACAAUCUUUGGAUUUUCUCUAUUGACCCCUUCACCCAAGCCAAUUCUAUCUGAGAUUUUAAUAAACAAUAUAGAGCAGUGAUGAUAAUAAUAAUAAUAAUAAUAAUAUAGAUAUAAUGAAAGCAAUCUUAAAGCAUUUUUUAAAAAAAGCUCCCUCUUUCAACACCCAGAUAUUGCAGUAACAAAUAGUGGAAGUUGUGAUGUAGUGGAAAAGUGAAAAAUAAAACAAAUAAAAUAUAUGCCAACUAAAAAACAUUUUCUCAUUCAGCCCUUCUCUCUUGCACAAAUACACUCAAACUCACUCCAAACAGACAAUGGGUCACAAUUCAUGCAACAUGAGCAGAACAAAUUUAGGUAAUUUUUCGCAAAACCAUACUUCCAUAUAAAAAAAAAAAAAAAAAUAAAAUAAUAAAAAAAAAAAAAAACAUUCUUAAUGAUUUACUUAAGAAGGCUUUAACUAAGGAUCUAUACAGAAAUUCACUCUGCUAGAAUUGAAUUUCAUGCGAAAAUAUAUGUGAGAAGGGUUUUAAGAACGAUUUACACAAAUUCGCUCUUCUUGCACUGAAUUCAAUGCGAAAAUUUACGCAAGAAUGGUUUUAUGAACGAUUUACACAGAAAAUAUACGUAAUAAUGGUUUUACGAAAAUUUACAAAGAAAAUCGCUCUGCUCGCAUUUAAUUAAAUGUGAAAAUGUCUGACAAAAUGGUUUUGAACGAUUUACAUAGAAAUUCGCUCUGCUCGCUUUAAAUACGAAAAUUUACGCAAGAAUGGUUUUAUGAACCGUUUACACAAAUUCGCUCUUCUCGCACUGAAUUCAAUGCGAAAAUUUACGCAAGAAUGGUUUUAUGAACGAUUUACACAGAAAAUAUACAUAAUAAUGGUUUUAAGAAAAUUUACACAGAAAAAUCGCUCUGCUCGCAUUUAAUUAAAUGUGAAAAUGUCUGAAAAAAUGGUUUUGAACGAUUUAUCAAUGUCUGACAAAAUGGUUUUGAACGAUUUACAUAGAAAUUCGCUCUGCUCACUUUAAAUACGAAAAUGUACGCAAGCAUGGUUUUACGAACCAUUUACGGAAAGUCGCUCUGCUCGCAUUGAGUUCCAAGCAAAUACACAAGAAUGGUUUUAUGAACGAUUUUCACAAAUUCGCUCUUCUCGCACUGAAUUCAAUGCGAAAAUUUACGCAAGAAUGGUUUUAUGAACGAUUUACACAGAAAAUAUACAUAAUAAUGGUUUUAAGAAAAUUUACACAGAAGAAUCGCUCUGCUCGCAUUUAAUUAAAUGUGAAAAUGUCUGAAAAAAUGGUUUUGAACGAUUUAUCAAUGUCUGACAAAAUGGUUUUGAACGAUUUACAUAGAAAUUCGCUCUGCUCACUUUAAAUACGAAAAUGUACACAAGCAUGGUUUUACGAACCAUUUACGGAAAUUCGCUCUGCUCGCAUUGAGUUCCAAGCAAAUACACAAGAAUGGUUUUAUGAACGAUUUUCACAAAUUCGCUCUUCUCGCACUGAAUUCAAUGCGAAAAUUUACGCAAGAAUGGUUUUAUGAACGAUUUACACAGAAAAUAUACGUAAUAAUGGUUUUACCAAAAUGUACAAAGAAAAUCGCUCUGCUCGCAUUUAAUUAAAUGUGAAAAUGUCUGACAAAAUGAUUUUGAACGAUUUACACAAAUUCGCUCUGCUCGCAUUGAGUUCCAAGCAAAUAUCUACACAAGAAUGGUUUUAUGAACGAUUCACACAGAAAUUCGCUCUGCUUGCACUCAACUAAAUGCGAAAACGUA